AUGCGUGCUACACAGUUCCUCGCUUUCGCUGGCCUGAUGCUUGCCGGCAACGUCGCCAUCGCCUCCAAGCUGGACCAUGACGAUGUCCCCAACCGCUGCUGGAACUCCUGUGGCGCCGUUGUAGGAAUCUCCAAGAGUUGUGAUUCUAGAUACGACAAUGAUUCCGCUGAGCUGAAGUGUAUUUGUGACUGGGAGUCUGCCAAAACACAGAUCCCUCUCUGUGCGGCUUGUAUCACCCAGUAUCAAAAGGACCGCAACAUCACCGACAAUGAUCAUGAUCACGACCAUGACCGUGACAAUGAUAACGACCGUGAUAACGACCGUGAUAACGACCGUGAUAACGACCGUGACCAUGACGAUAAUGAUGAUGAUGAUGACGAUAAUGACCAUGACCGUGAUGACGAGAACACUAAGCGCGACUAUGACGACGACGAUGAUGACAACGAAGCCCUGGACCUCGUCUACUCCUGCUCCCUCAGCACAACCACCUACAACUCUGCAGCAGCCACAACCGUGAGUGGCACCGCCACCAGCACAGGAACAGGAACUUUAGCCUCCACCACAGCAACCACUACGGACGGCGCGAGCUCCAGUAAUUCCAACAGCCAGGACUCGACUAGUUCCAACUCCAACUCUGAUUCCAGCUCUGGUUCCUCCACUGAUAGCUCGAGUGCCUCGUCUACCCCGACCCCGGAUGCUGCUGCUGGCUUGAUUGCUCCUGGUACUGUGUCCAUGGCUGGCCUCGUGGGAUUGAUUGCUUUUGCUUGGGUUUAA